AGCUUAUUCUUGUAUAUGAGGAUAUCUCAGCCAAAGUAGAUGCAGGGCAAACAGUGGAUCUUGUGCUUUUUGAUUAUUCAAAGGCUUUCGAUGUAGUAUGCCACCAAGUUUUGCUUACAAAACUAGAACUCAUAGGCAUUAAAGGUCAACUUUUAUCAUGGAUCUCUUCUUUUCUCUCUGACCGUCUGAUGCAAGUGUGUGUUAAUGGACUUAACAGUAGCACCAGAAAUGUCUACAGCGGUGUUCCACAAGGCUCCGUGUUGGGACCUUUGUUGUUCUUAAUUUAUAUUAACUUUAUAGGUUCUAAACUGUCCUGUUGUUACAAAAUAUUCGCCGACGAUUUAAAAUUGUACGCUUCAGUUACUGUUACUGCUAACUCGAUGUCGAAUCCCCACACUGAUGGAGUGUUACAGAAUGACAUUGAUGUGCUGCACAAGACCUCUGUGUCUUGGGGCUUGAGGAUGAACAAGGAAAAGUGCGUUGUGUUACGUUUUUCCCGCAAAUCUAAAAAUCAGACUGUUCCUAUGUAUACUAUGGAUGGAACUCCACUUCCUGUGUGCCGUUCACAACGCGAUUUAGGUGUAUUAGUUGAUGUCUCGUUAAAGUUCCAUGAUCAUAUUGCUUCUGUGGCUCAUAAGGCUUCUGGAUUGUCUUAUAAUUUUGCUAAAUCUACGGUAUGUCGUUCUCGAGACUUUAUGCUGUUUUUGCUUAAGACGCACAUAAGACCUAUACUGGAGUACGCUUCCUGUGUGUGGUGUACAGGCUUCAUUGACGACAUGCGUAGGCUUGAAGGCGUUCAGCGCAGAUGGACAAAGCAGAUAGAAGGCCUUGAGAAUCUGACCUACUUGGAGAGGCUGAAGGAACUGGACCUAUUCUCAGUGCAAGGGCGCCUUCUUCGUGCUGAUCUCAUUGAAUACUGGAAAAUUUUCCAUGGGAAGAGUUCAAUUGCCCCCGGGAAUAUGUUCGUUCAGCCUCUACAUCGGGGAACGCGUGGACAUAGUUUAAAGAUUCAUGUGUCGCGCACUCUAUCUGACCUGCGUCAGCGCUCUUUCUCGCAACGUAGAGUCACUGUGUGGAACAGCCUGCCAGAUGAUGUCGUGACUUCAGUAGAUGUAUCCACAUUCAAACGGCUGCUGGCCAGAGCGUUAGGCGAUCUGCUAUAUGAUUAUGUUUAGUUACACCUACUAGAACUGAUAAUGCUAUUGUGAUAUAAAUGUAAACACUCCGUAUUGAUGCAUUAUUCCUGUAUUACACACUGAGGACACACAUUUCCAGUUUUGGAGUUGUGUAGUUGUAUUUACCGUCUUGUUCAUCUUGAAAACUGGCGUGUCCCUUUGUACACGGGUUUCCUUCUACCUCAUCCCUUGCCUGACCUGAGCUGCGAGGUGGAGGAAACCCCACCAGGUAAGAAUACCAGAUCUUGGGCACUACAUCUAACUCGAAAUGGCAGGGGAUGGAGCUCAAGCAAAUAUAAUGAUCGGCAUUAUCGGCGGCUCUGGGUUCUCUGACCCUAGCGCGCUAGGAGUGGAGGACGCCAAGGACGUGGAGUAUGACACGCCAUUCGGGAAGCCUUCCAGUCCUCUGCUGACAGGCAUGCUGUGUGGUGUACCUGUGGCCGUCCUGGCCAGACACGGCCGGCGCCACACGAUCCUGCCGAGCGCCGUCAACUACCGUGCCAACGUGUACGCCCUGCGCCGGCACGGCUGCACGCACGUGCUGGUCUCCACCGCGUGCGGCUCGCUGCGAGAGGAGUACCGUCCCGGCCAGCUGGUGCUGCUCGAUCAGUUUAUUGAUAGGACGACCAAGCGUCCGCUGACGUUCUUUGACGGCUCGUGUGACGAGUUUGUCGGCAUCUGCCACCUGCCGAUGGCCGACCCGUUCUGUGGAGAGACCGGCGGCGUGCUGCGAGAGGCCGCCAAGGAGCUCGGCAUCACCAUGCACGAUAAGGGCACCAUAGUCACUAUCGAGGGCUCCCGCUUCUCCACCCGCGCCGAGAGCCACAUGUUCCGCAGCUGGGGCUGUGACGUCAUCAACAUGACCACCGUGCCGGAGGUAACCUUGGCCAAGGAGGCGGGUCUCUGUUACGCUGCCGUGGCCAUGUGUACCGACUACGACUGCUGGAGGGAGGGCGAGGCCGGGGUCGGGGUCGGAGACGUGAUGGCCACCUUCAGGGCCAACGUGUCCAGCGUGGUGCGUCUCUUCAAGGAGGCCGUGACCCGCGUGGCCGCCAGGGACUGGGCGGAGACGCUGCAGAAAAAUCAGGAGACGGUCACUUCCAACGUGAUGCUGCCCAGCUGAGUAGUGGAGCUGGGCCCAACCUGAACGGUCCCUGGCCGCAGCUGAGCGCUCAGUGACCUCGGCUGACCUCUCAGUGACCCCAGCUGUCCGCCGUCCCUGAUACCUGACCUCUGGCUCAUAUCCGGCGGACUCGGUCGGCGGGACUGCGGCUGCCGAUGUAGACGGGAUAGAUGACUCAGUGCUAGCGGCAUUUGGCUGUGUUGGUACAGCCUUAUUGGACGGGUUGCUAUUUUACAGAGCUUUCGUAAAAAUUUGGGUGGUAUUGCCUAGUUGCGCGCUUAUAAGCAUUGGUACCUAUGGAAGAUUCAUUCAGUCCAGUUUGUGACUUUGUGCUAAUCGAGCGUAGUCUUUUUUCGGGUGAUUAUUUGCCGAAUUGUAUCAUUGUGAAAGGAGAAUCUCCAUGUGAAGAGAAAUAUUGUUUUUGAUUCCAUUCCAGAACUUUGUUAUUGUUACGCAUACUCUUUCUACAUGGAAUAUUUUGAUACAUUGCCGCUCGUGUAAUAUUUUUGGUGAUUCAAUAUCACAACAGCAUUCGCCAUUACAAAGCUGUGCAUUGUAAAACGUGUGUGAGGAUCGCUUUUUGUUCAAAUCUUUUCGCAGUGCUGUGGGAAUAAACCUGCUUGCAUUGA